AUGCUCAAAUUAUUAUUAUCUCUACCUUUUUCUCCUUUAGCUAGUUUAAUUAAUAUCUAAGAGUUUUUCGAAUUGGAGAUUAAAAUGGCAUCAGAUUUUUCAAUGCCUAUAAUCCCAAACCACUACUCCAUUACAUGUUAAAGCCAAAAUUUGCAACAUCCCUACCAUAUUAAAAACAAGGUUGUUAUGUGGUUAUAAAUUAUGGCAAACCCAACCAUUUACAAGUUUUGA